AUGAGUAUAGUUGUAUUUCCGGAAGAUCCAACCACUAAAAACAAGCGAUUAAAAUUUGAAGAACGUCAAGCCAUUGCAGAUUGGCUUUUGAAAGAAAGCAAGGAAGGAAAACUCAAAUAUGGAUCUUUAAAACAAGCUGAUAUUUUGUUCAACAAAUCAAGAAGAACUAUUUUACGCAUUUGGAAGCAAUGUAAAUCAUCUGUUGAUAAUGGUACACCGUUGGAUGUGUCUUCGAAACUUGUAGGCAGAGUUGGAAGGAAACGGGUGGAAGUUGACAUUAAUCAAGUUAAAGAAACUCCACUUUGUCGUCGAACAAAUAUUCGAUCUCUGACUUUUGCGAUGAAAUCAACUGUCUUUCGGCGGAUAAAAGAUGGCACUAUUCGGACACAUACCAAUUCCAUUAGGCCUCAACUAACCGAACAAAAUAAGAAGGUACGACUUGAAUUUUGCUUUUCAAUGCUUGAUCAGAGUACAAUUCAGACAAAUCCAAAAUUUGUGAAUAUGUUUAAUUAUGUUCACAUUGACGAGAAAUGGUUUUUUUUAUCUAAAAAGAGUGAAAGGUACUACCUACUUCCUGAAGAACAUGAGCCUGAUCCAUAUCGCUCUUGUAAAAGUAAAAACUUUAUUCCAAAAGUUAUGUUUAUGGCUGUUGUUGCUCGUCCUCGAUUUGAUGAAAAUGGAAUUGAGCUAUUUUCUGGAAAAAUAGGUAUUUUUCCAUUUGUAGUUAAGGAACCAGCUAAGCAGAAUAGCAAAAAUCGAACAGCAGGAACUCUCGAAACAAAAGCCAUUCUAUCAGUAACUAAAGAUAUUACUAGGGCUUGUUUGAUUGAGAAAGUUCUUCCUGCCAUUAGAUCAAAAUGGCCAGCUUCGGAUUCAAACAUUCCUAUCUUUAUACAACAAGAUAAUGCAAGACCACAUAUUGGUGUCAAUGAUUUGGAAUUUGUUGAAGCUGUCCAAAAAGAUGGAUUCGACAUUAGACUAUGGUUUCAACCACCUAACAACCCUGAUUUAAAUGUGUUGGACCUUGGAUUUUUUAGAGCAAUCCAAUCUCUUCAAUAUCAAAAGGUUCCUUCAAAUGUUGAUGAAUUAGUGGAAGCGGUGGAAAGAUCUUUUGAUGAAAUGAAGGUUGAACAACUCAAUCAUGUAUUUCUUACUUUACAAUCUUGUAUGAUUGAGGUGAUGAAAGGUAAUGGAGACAACAACUACAAAGUUCCUCAUUUGAACAAAAACAGAUUAGAAAGAGAAGACAAUCUUCCUCUUCAACUUUGUUGUGAUAUUGGUAUUGUCAAUCAUGUUUCAACUCUACUUCAACAAUGA